AUGCUUUUAAAAAUUGUGUUUUAUGCUCUCGUUAGCUGUGCGGUAGUUCAGACGUCUCCAGCGAUAAAAUAUCGAAGAUCGACUUCACUUGAGAAAUUUAAGAAGGGAUCCCAAUUCGACGAUCCAGAGGUGAAUUUGGAUGACUUUACGGCGCUCUACCGUCUAAAAUUCCAGGAGCCGCAGGGGGGAUUCGAUAUCGCAACGGGAAAUCUAGGAAAGGGAUCCCAACUCCGCGAUCCAAAGGUGAAUUUGGAUGACUUUAUGGCGCUCUACCGUCGAAAAUUCCAGGUGCCGCAGGGGGGAUUCGAUAUCGCAACGGGAAAUCUAGGAAAGCUAAACAUUAAAUUCAUAAAGGGCUCAAAACCACGAACGAUUCCCGACGGUGGCGCUAACAACGGCGGCGACCCCGAAAACAAGAACGACCGCGAAACGACAACGGACUCGAAGACGACAACGGCCCGCGACGACAACAAUGGCAACAAUGACCGUGAAACGACAACGGACUCGAAGACGAAAACGGCCCGCGACGACAACGGCAACCCCGAAGACAACAACGACCGCGAAACGACAACGGACUCGAAGACGACAACGGCCCGCGACAACGACAACGGCAACAAUGACCGUGAAACGACAACGGACUCGAAGACGAAAACGGCCGUGACGACGACGACGGACACGGAGACGAAAACGGCCCGCGACGACGACAACGGCAACAAUGACCGUGAAACGACAACGGACUCGAAGACGAAAACGGCCGUGACGACGACGACGGACACGGAGACGAAAACGGCCCGCGACGACGACAACGGCAACAAUGACCGUGAAACGACAACGGACUCGAAGACGAAAACGGCCGGCGACGACAACGGCAACCCCGAAGACAACAACGAUCGCGAAACGACAACGGACGGCGACGACGACAACGACAACAAUGACCGUGAAACGACAACGGACUCGAAGACGAAAACGGCCGUGACGACGACGACGGACACGGAGACGAAAACGGCCCGCGACGACAACGGCAACCCCGAAGACAACAACGACCGCGAAACGACAACGGACUCGAAGACGAAAACGGCCGUGACGACGACGACGGACACGGAGACGAAAACGGCCCGCGACGACGACAACGGCAACAAUGACCGUGAAACGACAACGGACUCGAAGACGAAAACGGCCGGCGACGACAACGGCAACCCCGAAGACAACAACGAUCGCGAAACGACAACGGACGGCGACGACGACAACGACAACAAUGACCGUGAAACGACAACGGACUCGAAGACGAAAACGGCCGUGACGACGACGACGGACACGGAGACGAAAACGGCCCGCGACGACAACGGCAACCCCGAAGACAACAACGACCGCGAAACGACAACGGACUCGAAGACGACAACGGCCCGCGACGACGACAACGGCAACAAUGACCGUGAAACGACAACGGACUCGAAGACGAAAACGGCCGUGACAACGACGACGGACACGGAGACGAAAACGGCCGGCGACGACAACGGCAACCCCGAAGACAACAACGAUCGCGAAACGACAACGGACUCGAAGACGACAACGGCCCGCGACGACGACAACGGCAACAAUGACCGUGAAACCACAACGGACUCGAAGACGAAAACGGCCCGCGACGACAACGGCAACCCCGAAGACAACAACGACCGCAAAACGACAACGGACUCGAAGACGACAACGGCCCGCGACGACGACAACGGCAACAAUGACCGUGAAACGACAACGGACUCGAAGACGAAAACGGCCGCGACGACAACGGCGGACACGAAGACGACAACGGCCCCCUACUACGACUACGGUGGCAACUCCGAAGACGACUACGGCGGCGAUGACAUCAGCGACGAGGUCUACGGCGACGAUGGUAACGGCUUUAAUGACUACAGCAGCGAUGAAAACGGCCUCGAAAACGAUGCCAGCCUGCUACGACGAAUAUGGCAGCCAUGA